AAAGGUUGUGGGAGCCACAGUAUGCGUUGCAUUGCGAUAGCAUUUUGCCAGAGACCUGCUGCUUUCUGACUUCUCAUCGCCCAGCUUUCAACUACACCGAAAUACCGAACGAGCAAUAUGUUCCGACGCACUAAAAGCUGUCGUACAAGCAACAGAAAAAGUCUGAUCCUGACAACCACGUCCCCCACGCUGCCUCGGCCUCACUCCCCUCUGCCCCUCCCUGGACACCUCGGAAGCAGCCCACUGGACAGCCCACGAAACUUCUCUCCCAGCAACCCGGCCCACUUCUCGUUCGCCUCCUCCAGAAGGGCCGAUGGACGACGAUGGUCUUUAGCGUCGUUGCCCUCUUCUGGAUAUGGUACCAACACUCCCAGCUCCACGUCCUCCAGCUCUUCUCAGGAGCGACUGCACCAGCUGCCCUUCCAGCCCACCAUGGAUGAGCUCCACUUCUUAUCCAAGCACUUUGGCAGCACAGAGAGCAUCACGGAUGACGAUGGGGGCCGCUGCUCUCCCCACAUGCGCCCUCGCUCCCGCAGCCUCAGCCCAGGACGCUCCUCCUCCUGCUACGAUAACGAGAUAGUCAUGAUGAACCAUGUGUACAAAGAGCGUUUUCCAAAGGCCACGGCUCAGAUGGAGGGGAGGCUGGCCGAGUUCAUCCAGGCUUACUCGCCUGAGAGUGUUCUUCCCCUGGCUGAUGGAGUCCUCAGCUUCAUCCACCAUCAGAUAGCAGAGCUGGCCAGAGACUGCCUGGCCAAAGCCCGCGAAGGCCUCAUCACCUCUGUGUACUUCUUCGAGCUACAGGAGAAUCUGGAAAAGCUGCUUCAUGAUGCGUUUGAGCGCUCGGAGAGCUCUGAGGUAAUCUUUGUCACGGAGUUGGUGAAAAAGCUUCUUAUCAUCAUCGCCAGACCUGCAAGGCUUUUGGAGUGUCUGGAGUUUAACCCCGAGGAGUUUUACCAUCUGCUGGAGGCAGCUGAGGACCACGCCAAGGAGGGUCAUCUGAUGAAAACAGAUAUCCCUCGUUACAUCAUCGGCCAGCUGGGGCUAACUCGAGACCCGAUUGAAGAUAUGGUUAACUUGGAAAGUUAUGACAGCGAGGGACCAGUGACACCUGAAACAGAUGACUCCACAGAGGGUAAGAUGAGAGCAAUGAAACCACCAGGAGAAGCAGACUUCCAGACCAUCAAGCUGAUAAGUAACGGAGCAUAUGGCGCUGUUUACCUGGUGCGGCAUCUGGAGACACGGCAGCGAUUUGCCAUGAAGAAGAUUAACAAGCAGAACCUGAUAUUGAGGAACCAAAUCCAACAGGCCUUCGUAGAAAGAGACAUUCUCACCUUUGCAGAGAAUCCCUUUGUCGUCUCCAUGUUCUGCUCCUUUGAAACACGUCGGCACCUCUGCAUGGUCAUGGAGUACGUAGAAGGUGGGGACUGUGCCACUCUGCUGAAGAACAUCGGGGCUCUGCCUGUGGAAAUGGCACGCAUGUACUUUGCAGAGACAGUCCUAGCGCUGGAGUACUUACACAACUAUGGCAUUGUGCACCGUGACCUCAAGCCUGACAACCUCCUAAUUACCUCAAUGGGCCACAUCAAACUGACUGACUUUGGCCUGUCCAAGAUGGGUCUGAUGAGCCUGACCACCAACUUGUAUGAAGGACACAUAGAGAAGGAUACUCGGGAAUUUUUGGAUAAACAGGUGUGCGGAACUCCAGAGUAUAUCGCCCCAGAGGUUAUUCUUCGUCAGGGUUAUGGAAAGCCAGUGGACUGGUGGGCGAUGGGCAUCAUCCUGUAUGAGUUCCUGGUGGGCUGCGUGCCUUUUUUUGGAGACACUCCAGAGGAGCUGUUUGGACAGGUCAUUACAGAUGACAUAGUGUGGCCAGAAGGAGAUGAGGCUCUUCCUAUUGAUGCCCAGCACCUGAUCUCCUCUCUUCUGCAGACAAAUCCACUGGUUCGACUGGGCACAGGUGGUGCUUUUGAAGUGAAGCAGCACUCAUUCUUCACUGAGGUGGACUGGAACAGCCUGCUGAGACAGAAGGCAGAGUUCAUCCCUCAUCUAGAGUCAGAGGAAGACACCAGUUAUUUCGACACCCGUUCAGAGCGCUAUCACCACGUGCAGUCAUACGACGAAGACGAUACCAAUGACGACGAGCCCGUGGAGAUUCAUCGCUUCUCGUCGUGUUCCCCUCGCUUCAGUAAGGUAUACAGCAGUAUGGAGCAUCUGUCUCAGCUGGAGCAUAAACCCCAUGGCGUGACCCUACGGGAGCACAAGGUCCCCAGGGAGGAUCGCUUGGCCAAGAGAGAAAGCCUGGGAAGUGUCACCCUCCGAGAUAAGAGCUGGAGGACUGGCUCACCGGAGAUGAAGCGUUUAUCCUGCUCAGAGUCCUCCUUCACUGAAAGUGAUUCCAGCCCUCCGUCUGGGGCACGAAGGCGCUUCUCUGCCCUUAUGGAUUCUUACCGAUUGGCCUCCCCUCUGGAGUUGGACUCUGAGCUGCCUGUCCCAGGCAGACAACCUCCAGUGAAGGCCAGGGGAACGUCUCUGGAAGGAGCCAUGGGUUCCAUCUCUUCUCAAGGUGACCUGAGGGCAUUCCUUAAAGAAAGUAAUGGCUUUGCAGCUGGCGACAAACUGUUGAGACCUGCUGACGCAUCACUGCCUCUGCCAAGCAGUGCUACCAUUCUGGGGCUCCCAGACCCCCAGGGGACUCGUGGGGCCACCACAGACCUGGUGCUGCGAAGAGUUCGCCACCAGCAGCUCUCGGAAGGAGAAAAACGCAGCUCAAGACCAGGAACUAAAGUUAUCAAAUCUGCCUCUGCCACUGCUCUGUCUGUCAUCAUUCCAGCAGUGGAACAACACGGUGCAUCCCCUCUGGCGAGCCCCAUGUCGCCCCGCUCCCUGUCGUCCAACCCUUCCUCUCGUGACUCAUCCCCCAGCCGAGACUACUCUCCGAUGGUCAACAUCCUGCAUUCUCCCAUCACCAUCCACCGCUCUGGGAAGAAGUACGGCUUCACCCUCCGAGCUAUCAGAGUCUACAUGGGAGACAGCGAUGUUUACAGCGUGCAUCACAUGGUCUGGCAUGUGGAAGAUGGAGGUCCAGCUCAGGAGGCUGGACUUAGUGCUGGUGACCUCAUCACUCAUGUAAAUGGAGAGUCAGUCCACGGUUUGGUCCAUACAGAGGUAGUGGAGCUGAUCCUGAAGAGUGGGAACAAGGUGACUAUUACAACUACUCCUUUUGAAAACACCUCCAUCAAAGUGGGUCCUGCCCGCAAGUCCAGCUAUAAAUGCAAGAUGGCACGACGCAUCAAGAGGACCGGAGCCAAGGACGGACAAGAUAAGAAGCGCAGCUCCCUGUUCAGGAAAAUCACCAAGCAGUCCAACCUGCUCCACACCAGCCGGAGCCUCUCGUCUUUAAAUCGCUCCCUGUCGUCUGGAGACAGUCUCCCGGGCUCCCCCACCCACAGCCUCUCUGCCCGCUCGCCCACUCAGAGUUAUCGCAGUGCUCUUGAAUCCCCACACCUGGGUACAUCAUCCCAGAGCAGCUCCCCGGCCUCCAGCACCCCUAACUCACCUGCAACCACUCACCACAUGAGACCCAGCUCCCUACAUGGGCUGUCUCCCAAACUUCACCGGCAGUACCGCUCAGCUCGCUGCAAAUCUGCUGGCAACAUCCCAUUGUCUCCCCUGGCUCACACCCCGUCCCCGACCACCUCCUCUCCCCCACCUCUCACUGGGCACACAGUAGGGAGCUCCAAUACCACGCAGAUGUUUCCUGCCAAGCUGCACUCCUCACCUCCUGUUGCCCGCCCACGUCCCAAGAGUGCGGAGCCACCCAGGUCCCCUUUGCUGCAGCGGGUGCAGUCUGCGGAGAAGCUAGGAGCACCGAUUUUGCCUUCUUCCUCUUCGUCAUCAUCAUCCCCCUCUCCUCUGACAGGCGGGGUGUCGUUACGCAAGCAUAGCCUGGAGGUGACACACGGGGACUACAGGAGAGAGUCCUUCCACUGUGAGCACAGUCUACAAAGUCUGCUAGAGAUGGAAGGAGAAAACGGACCCGCUCCCCCAUCUCCUUCAUCAUCGUCCUCCCCUUCUCCUCCUAUGGGAGGGGAGGUUGGAGGCCUAAAGCCUUCGAGAAGGCUGGGAAGGCAGGAAUCGCCACUCAGCCGUGACACACUCUUAACAGCAAGAGAGAAAGAAGUCCAAACCACAGAGUCUGAGCUUGCUGGGUCACAAACUGAGAGUGCAGCUUCUAAAGCAGAGUCUAAGACGAGCGUUGUUGACACAUGUAAAACGUUACUUCCUGCUGAGGUUGCAAAGAGUCAUGGAUGUGGAGCUGCAGUUGAAAUCAAGCCCAGUGCUUCAUCUUCAGAGGUUAAGUCUGGUUCUGGGAUCAAAGCUCCAAGUUCAAGCCCUUCCGGUUCUGAGGCAGCAACUUUUAAGAGUAAACCCAGCGAGAAAAUGUCUCCUUCAGGCACGUCAAAGGGCCUGCUAAAGCAAGACACCAAGCAGCAAAGUGCACAAACAGAUAGUGGACCUGCAACAAAAGCUCAGGAGAAGACUGAGGAGAAAGCAAAAGGCCCUUCAGCUGCACACAAAGGGACCUUUCAGAAAGCAUCUACAGAGCAGCUCAAGCAGCGUAAAGGUACAGACACGAUAGAGAAAGGAGCAAGCGAUAAAGCAAGUGAUACCACCAAGCUCAAAGGACCUACACCUGUAAUUCCAAGCCAGGGUCAAGCCCACGCUGCAGCCAGAUGCAAAGAGGAGAAGCCAACAAACAGAGGAGUCAAGGAGGAGAGGCAACACCUGGAGGUGCUGGAGGAGAACCCAAUGUCGCCUUCCUCUAAUGCAGCCUCACCCGCCUCGAGCAAGUCACGGCCCAUGUCUCCGGGGGAUAAAGCCAGCUUCGUUACCCAGCUCACAAGCGUGGCCAAAACAGUCCUCGGGCCUAUGAAGGCGGGAUCACAAGAGGGAGGCAAGGCAAAAGACAUAUCCAAGUCUGGUGAAGAGAAGCGGGGAAGCGCUGCAGGAAAAGGAGAAGCUUCGUCUCUCAGUCUCCGCCGGGGGGCUCAGACAGCAGCCAGCACUAUCCAAUCUGAUAAAGGAAACAUUCGCAGCUCCAAGCAUCACUCGUGAUAAGAGCUUCAGAGGGAGUGCGAUUGUCCCAUGCAAUGCCUUUUAAACUGUAGCAUCAAGCAAACAUAUCAUGAAUUUACACGAAAUAUAAAUGUAGAGACAUGCUGAAAAAAAGACCAAAAUAGAUGACAGAACAAAGUUGCAUCAGCUGGCUCCUGCUGGAAAACGUGUGCACAUGGUGUCCUAAUGUAGACCUGUGUAUGUACUGUAUGUUCAUCACAUUAUGUUGUAUAUAGUACAAACAAAUGCAUAUGUCUGAAUGCAUGUCUAACACUGUACAUGGGAAAUGAAAGAAUAUUUAAAAAAAUUAAAAUUAUACAGCAGACCUUAAGGUAGAGAACACUGUGAACAACUUUUCAACUGAACACAGCCACAUGCGCAAACAGGUCGGAGUCUGUUAUCCUUGUAUGGGGGUCCAGUAGUGCCAACAUUAUGUUCACGUGUUCGCUGUGUGUGUCGAUUUGACAUGUGACAAAAUAUUUUUUUAUGUUGUUUCAAAGACUUAACUCGUAGCAAGAAGAAAAAACUGUGAAAGACAGAAUUGAUUUUAAAAAUGCUCUUAUGUAAUAGCAUUUUUAUUGUGAGUGAGCUCCACAAUAUGUUGAAGAUUACUUUCUGUUAUGGCUCUCAGGCUCUGGAACAAUCUACUUAAGGUCCUUCCAAACAGCUGAUAAUUUUAAAUAACUUUUAGAGACCCAACAAAUUGUGUUUGCUUUUAGUCAAAUUUGAGGCGUUUCAUAGUUUUUGUCAAGUCUCCUGUGAAAAUGUUCUUACUGCUUGUUUACUCGGUUGUUGUUUCUAUUUGUAAAUUUUGAUCAAUUUAUUUUUUACACUGGGGUUUACAUUUCAUGUUAUUUAUUUAUUUAUUAGUAAUUUUGCCUUUCAUUUAUGCUUUUCAUUUAAUAUUUAAAAAAUACCAGUUUUAUUUAGGUUUUUAAGUACAGUUAGGUCAAUGACUUUUUGGACAAUAACACAUUUUAAAAAAUAUUUUUAGACCAACACAGUGAAUUUUAAGAUGGUUUAGCACAGAUUUUGCAUUAACUGUGUUAUAGGCAUUUUUAUACACAGUCCCCAAGUUUCAGAGGUUCAAAAUUAGUUAAACAAACCAGCAUGAUUUUAAAAAUCAGGAUUGUUUUUAAUACUUAGAUGAAAAUCCUUUGCGAUCCCGCUGACAUCAGCAAAUGCUGUUUCAGAAGCUCUGCUAGACCCUUACUGCAUCUGCCUUCAGUUGCUGCUUGUUUAUGGGUCUGUCUGCAUCUCCUGUUUCUUUGCUUUUAGAAACUCUUGGGUUCAUUUUGCAGUUUGCUUUAGGUCAUUAUCCAGCUGCACCGUGAAGAGCUGUCUGAUCAGUUUUGCAGUGUUUGUCUGAAACCGAGCAGAAAGCAUAGUCCUGUACACUUCACUAAAUGCAUCCUGCUGCUUCUUUCAGCAGUCACAUCAUCAAUAAACACUAGUGCCUCAGUUCCACUGACAGCCAAACAUGUCCAUGCCAUAACACUGCCUCCAAGCAUGUUUGACGGAUGAUGUGGUGUGCUUCAGAUCAGGAGCUGUUUCUCUUUUUCUCCUUAUUUUUCUUUAUUGAUUAUUCUGAUCCUUCCGUAUUUCAUAUUUGUAGGCUUUGACAACCUUCACAAAAGUGUUCCCAGAAAUGAAAUCUGCAAUCAUUCACUUCAGUUGUGUUUGAAAAUGUCCCAAAAACUUAUGGACCUAACUGUAUGGUGGUUUCUACGUUUUGCAUUUCUGUUUUUAGAGACCUGGACUGUUGAUACAUUUGCCUCACAUGGAAAGCAUCUUCGGUCACCGUCUGCUGUUUUCAAACAUAACUUGACAUGUUAAGCAGACAUAAGCAGUGAGCAUGUGAACAUAAUUUUGGCACACAUGCCUCAUUUAAAUGGGCAUUACAUUACAUCAGCUCUAUCAUUUAGUUCAGUAUGACACGAACUGUAUUUUCUUUAGUCUUUAGUUACUAAAAGGGAUCAGGCACAGAAAGGUUUUUCAUGUGUCGUGCACUUGGGGGGUCAAACAAUCCUGAACUCUGGACCAAGAUACCAAAAUGCUUGCAGUGACUGAACUAGAAUGGGGAUCAGCUGAUUUGUUCCAGAUGUGUUUAAGGGCUGGAUUUUGAGACACUGGUGAGGUGAUCUUGCACUGGGACACUAUGCAAUGUGUUAAUGAUGCGAGUUUUUUCUCUGUGUGUGUGUCCUCAAUAUUACAUUUACAUUGUGCUCUAGAUGAGAAAAAAAUAAGGGGAAAGGGUUGCAAUAAGCCAAGAAUUUAGUUUAAAUAGCUGUCUCUGCUGGUCAUAGUGAAAUGUGCAAUUACAUAUUUUAGCCUAUUAAGUGAAUAUAUAAGUGUGCUCAGAGUGUGGUAAGGAGACAAACUGGAGACAGAAGCGUAAUGAAAGUACAACUUAGAGGAGAUUUUGCAGUUUCACUCGCUCUUUGUUAUUUAUGCAGAAGUACAGUUUAUAGUGUAAUAGGUGUGCAGGAAAGUGCCAGUGUUUUCAUUUAGGGAUAAUGUGAUGUUUUUGUUGGGUUUUUUGUACUUAAAUGUGUAACAAUAUGCAAUCCAAAAGUGCCCAGUUCCAUAAAACUGAGCAUCCUCGUCAGUGAUACCGUAGUAGGCUGUACACAGAAGUAGAUCUGUCAAGAGGAUUUUAGUGUUAAGGUGAUGUUUAUUGUUGUGUGUUCAAGUGAUCUUGAUAGAUUUCGGACUCCAGGUACAAGACCUGGUUUAGACUGCCACCUUGUGGAUGAACUAAGUUGACACCCGAGGACCUGAGGUACACAAAAAACUAGUGAACGUUUAAUGAGCAGUCUGCUAUCUUCUUCCUGUGGAUCUUUCUAACCCACACAUUAUAGUUCUGAUUGAUUAUUGAUGAACAUCUUUGAAUCAGAUUCAUAUGACGUGGUUUAAAAGACCUGAUGUUUAGACAAUAAACAGUGGUGGUUUCUGUGUGAUGUGAGGAAAAAAAUGCACUUUAUGUUGUGUCAAAUGUUUUUAUUUUUUCUUAUAUUUUUUUUCUAUUUGCUGUAUUUAGUAAACUUUGUAUUUAUUUAAAAUUCUGAUUUACUACUAACAUUAGUUCAUGUUCUGAUGCUGAUUAAGUUUAGAAUGAGAAAUUUACCAAAUCUAUGUGGCUAGCCCAUCCUGUGCAGUUUUGACUAGUCUUUCUAUUAAGUCGGAAGCUGUGAUGUUGCUGUCACAUCUAUUUUUGUCCAAGUGUUAGGCGUGUUUACAAGAACUUUGCUUUCUCAGACUAUUGUUGUCCAUUACAUUGUUACAUACCUAAUAGCCACUGUCGUGAAAAAACAAUGCAAAAACAAACAAACUAAAAUAAAAAAAAACC